AUGAUCUACUUAAAGACUUUGCUUAACGUCAUCGACAACUCAGGCGCCCAAGUCGCCGAGUGUAUUCGUGUCAUUCGUCAUGGAAGAAAAAACUGUGCUCAAAUAGGAGACCAAAUCUCAGUUGUCAUUAAACAAGCCAGACCAGUCACUAGUGAUAUCACCGGGAAUGCAGCAUCCAGAGUUAAAAGAAGGGACAUUUGCCGUGCGGUGGUAGUCAGAACCAAAGCACCUUUCAGAAGACCCGAUGGUUCAGUGGUCCGUUUUGAUGAUAAUGCAUGUGUGCUAAUCAAUAAGAAUGGAGAACCAUUAGGAACCAGAAUUUCACUGGUGGUAGCUAAAGAAUUAAGACAGUUGGAAUAUAAUAAGAUAGUUGCUUUGGCUCCUAAAACUAUCUGA